AUGUCCGCAAAUACUUCAAAUAAUACAGGUGACACUUUUGGAAAUAUUUAUAGGCCCAUUCCUCCAAAAAUUCGUUUCUGGUUACUUCUUGUUCUUGACAUUCCCGCUGUACUUUGUUCAUUUUUUCUAUUGUAUCAUCUCUUAUUAAAACGAGAUCUUAGACAAGCUCUACAUAAUCAUGUUGUCAUUGUACUUCUCUUCGUUAUUCUUUGGGUACUUCUGAUCGACGUUCCAUCUUAUAUAGUAGUUCUGAGUACGGGUUAUGUCUGGUUAGCAUUCCCAUGGUUUUGUAAUAUAUGGUCAUUUGUCACCGUUGGCCUUUUCGAUAUGAUUGCUAUUUUAAUGGCACUUGGAUCGAUGGAAAGACAUAUUCUUGUUUAUCACAGUGCCUGGAUGAACUCGACAAGAAAAUGCUUUCUUUUUCACUAUUUACCUCUCACACUUGUCACUUUUUAUGGUAUUGUUUUCUACAUAUGGGUGAUUUUCUUUCCGUCAUGUAGUAAUAUUUAUGAUUACAGUCAACCAUCGUGUGGUUAUCCAUGCUAUAUUGACCAACAAAUUGUUGGCAAUUAUGAUUUUAUAGUUAAUGUUUACAUCCCGAUGUUAACAAUUGUUAUCUUCAAUGUAGGAUUAAUCGUACGGCAGAUUCGACAGAAAAAGCGUAUUGACCAAAUCAUUCAAUGGCGUAAACAUCGAAAAAUGAUCGUACAAAUGCUGUCUGUUUGUUGUUUAUACUUGAUCUUCUAUCUACCAUGUUUGAUCUCAGCCAUGCCAAUCCACUUAGGCUUCUUAAAUAAUUUUCUUAUUAAUUUAUUUCCUGUACUUGCAUUUACCGCUUAUUUUAUUCCGUUACUGAUGCCAUACGUUGUUCUGGUGUCAUUGCCGAGUAUUUGGCAAAAAUGGGCUAUCAUCAAGUGGAUGAAAACACAGAAUCGAGUGGCUCCUGUAAUGGCUACCGCUACAGUAGAGAGAAGAGCGCGAUGA